UUGAUGUUCAUUCACUGUAACGUGUUCCUGGACACAUCCAGACCAAGAUUUGAACUUGUCUGCUAUUUAAAAAAAAAAAAAUGUUUCCCUUCCAAUCUCAACUGCCAGAGAUGAGCAUCAUGUUCCAGUUCCUCAAUUGAUCCAGUCUGCCCAUUAUUGCUUCCCUUUGCUCAGUUAUCACGCCACUAUUAGACUCCAUCCUCCGAUACCCAAUAAACCAAUAUGUGUAACAUGAAAACUACAAUAUGCAAAAAUACAUUUGUCCUGCAGUUGACAAACUACUUUUGUUUUGCGCCCAACACCUCGAGAGUUUAUUAUUCGUCUUUGCAUAAGCAUAUAUGAGUAGGGUCUUUACAACAGCAUGUAAAGCUGCUCCUGUGGAACAAAAGUAAAAGGAGAAGUCACUCCAAUCGUUAUUUUCCAGUUCUCUAAAAUCCCUCAAUGCAGUCAGAGUUCCCUUGACCGUUGAGCCCUAUAAUACAAAGAUAAGAGGAGGUUUUUGUCUUCCCCUCAAACAACUUUGUGAUCUCCAAACCCCCAUGUUAACACACUUCCACUUACUGAAGCCAGAGACGGUUAGAACAGCUUAAAGGUGUCUGACGUGCAGGCAAAGAUCUUAAAGCUUUAUUGGUGAAGCUCUUAAAUGUGUCCAGUCAAAGUCGAUGAAAGGUGUAAACGGCUCAGACUGAUUUAAUUAAAAUGCGUGUGUGUGGUCCGGAAUGAGAACAGAAACCUCACCCUGAUUGUAGAAGGUACACUACAUCUGACUUGUUUGCACUAAAUGAACUUCGUUUUCCUUGUGUGCUCUUUAUCUAACCGGUAUCUUUCAAUGGUGACGACAUCAGUCACUCACACCAUCAAAUCACAUUAUUGUUAAGUAAAUUAAGUUAAAUAUUGAUCUGAUAAGCUGCUUGAGUAAUUUAAACCACAUGAUUAAAUCAAAAAUCAUUUAAGAUCUGCCUUUGUGUAAUUAAAGUGGCAUGUGCUUCUUUCAUGUAUAAAGCAACAGGUGGUUAAUCAAAGGUACCGACAUUCUUUAAAUUAGGGCUGCAACUAAUGGUUACUUUUAUUUUUGAAUGAAUCCAUCGAUAAUAUUCCUGAUUAUUUCAUUGCUUUUUGAAAUAUUUCCGUCAAAAAAUGUUUUGCUGUUUUUAUAUAAUUGUAAACUUGAAUAUGUUUUGGGGUUUUCUACUGUUGGUCAGUUAAAACAAGGCUAAACAGAUGAAUGGAUAAAAAACGUAACCGCUGGCUACUGAACUAGUUUCCUCUUCUCACUUUUUUGUUUUCCAACACUGCCGUUACAAAACAUACAAAUUAGGGAUACCACACACAUUUAUGAUACCACAACUUUAACUGUGGUUGUCUCUGAAUUUGAGGAUAGGGUUAGAUGGUAAAUUAAUAAAUUACAGAUAACAAAAACAGACUAACUGAGGAAUAAGAGCUGCAACUUACAAUUUUCUUUAUCAUUAUUGAUACAUUUGUAUUUAUUUAUUUAUAAUUGGUUGAUCGUUCAGGCUAUAAAAUGUCAGAAAGUGAUAAACAAAAAAACAAACACUUUUUCCCGGGUCCAAGGUCUUCAAAUAUUAAAAACAUUUCGACCAACAAUUCCAAACCCUGAAGAUAUGAUACUAAAUGUGUAUAUUUAUGUAUAACCUCACAUUUAUGGCUGAAACCAGAAAAUAUUUGUUUGAUAAAUUACUUUAUUAUGAAACUAGUUGGCUAUUCAUUGUCUGUCCGUUGAUUCAGUGUUUCAGCUCUCACACAUUACAGAAAUGUAAAAAAUCUUGAGGCAACUCCUAAUUUGUGAUGGAGCCUAAUACAGAACAGAGGGAUGGUCCUGUUUUAACUGUGAAGAACAGUGUGUUCCCAUUUCAGACAUUCAAACUGAGGUAGAGGACAAAGGAGCUCCGCUUCUAUUGUUUCUCUGCUUUUAUUUACUCUCACAGCUGUCAGUGUCAGUCUUUGCCACAGAGGCAGCUUGUGGCCUAUUGAUGAUGUUUACUUCAAAUGACAAUGAAGUAUGUGUAUGUGACCCCCUUAAUACACGAGUAAUAACCGAUAGGUGGAGACAUUGUUUCAUUGUUUCAACACUAAGCAUGAUAACAACAGAACGGCACAUUUAUAUCUCAGUUUCAGACCACACAGACGCUUAAAAGCUCAAUGUCUGCUGAUAAAUUGCCGUGUUGCCCCUUUUUCUAAGUCGAGGCAGUCCCUCUUCUGUUCCGUAGCUGGAUGCGGGUUUUUAUAGAGGACGGUGCAGCAGGUCGAGAGAUGUUGCAUAAUUUAUUACCAUGAGCAAACCUCUCCUCCAAUCCGGGACGCUGCAGCGCUAUUUUCUGGUUAACAUUAUGCUAAUGAGCUCAGUCCUCCGCCAAUCACGUGGCUGCUCGCGCUGUUUUCCUGCAUGCAUUACCCAGAGAGUGAGCCGCGGUGCGUGGAGCUGCAGCCCGCCGCUCAGUCUUUUGUGUGCUCUGUCCCGUCUGCGAGCUCUGUGGUCGCCCGGAGAGCAGACCCGACAUCCUGCCAUCAAUAAUGCGCUAUUUUUUCUACUUUUAUACCACUGGAGUUCCAGUUUGUACAGCCGAAGAAUCGCCUUUGGGGGUUUUAAUGGGCUGGAUAGCAUGAAUUCCCAAUGUUACACAGUGGCGAUGGAUCUUAGCGUUUGUCAACUGAGGAAUUUCUCGAUAUCGUUUCUGUCCUCUGUGCUCGGGAAGGAGAGUGCAUCAGUCCGGCUUGACGAUAGCUCUUCCGGUGCAAGUGUGGUGGCCAUUGACAACAAGAUUGAACAAGCAAUGGACUUGGUGAAGAGCCACCUGAUGUAUGCCGUGCGCGAGGAGGUGGAGGUGCUGAAGGAGCAGAUCAAAGAGCUGAUCGAGCGCAACACUCAGCUGGAGCAGGAGAACAACUUGCUGAAGAACCUGGCCAGCCCCGAGCAGAUGGCUCAGUUCCAGGCGCAGGUCCAGACCGGCUCCCCGACCGGCCCCAGUCAGCCUCUGGUGCCGGUCCCCGCCGGAAACACACAAGUCCUCCCCUCCACACAGAGCUCCGGCACAUCUGCGUAACACAGAAACUGCACAGUGGAGAGCCCCCUGAGGAUGAGAGAUAGGGGGGGAUGGAAGGUAGAAGAGGAGGAGGAGGAAGGAGUCUUGCCAUACUGUGAAACGACUCUAGCAUCAACACAGACUAUGCCACCGUCUCAAGGAUACGCACACUUCAACUUCACCGGAUUACGAACUUUCUUUUGCUGCACAUUUAAUUUAACUGAAAGACGUUGGAGUUGCACCAGUGUGUGUGUCCCGCUUUUAUCACCUGCUUCAGACAAUCUUCAUCAUGGUGAUGAUGAGGGGAAUGGCAGAGCUGACAGGAAGUGACCGUCGAGCCUCACAGCCGCCGCCAUUGUUCCGCGGCGGAAGGAGCUAACUCAGUCGGAGGGGAACACGCUGUAGAAUCCCUCGCUGUGUGACCUGUGGAAAGUGCCAUCGUCUUUGCUCCUUCAUCUCAACCCAGCACUAGUCCAUCAGCACACACUUAACACUUAACUUGUUUCAUUUAUCAGUGCUGCAGUCCAUGCACUUUUUUCAGGCGAACUAUAAAGAUUCGUACGACCCAUCCGGAAUGGGAGUCAAGGUCACAUUUUUCUUUAUCUGAAGAUGUUGUAGUGAUGGGUUGAGACGGGGCUUAAAAUUAGAAUUAUGAAAUAUAUAUAUAUUAGACGCACCUCAUUGUUUCACGUUGCGAACUUUGUUCUUUCUCGAGGUUCACGCCGCUGUCCCCGCCCUCAGCGCGCUCUCUCCCCGUUCUUGGAUGGAGCGUUCAACAUUUAUGCAGGGAAUCAAAAGUUUUCUAGGGAAAGGUUUGUUUUUGUCUGUUUAUGUUUCCGCUCUUGUUGAUGUAAUUAAUGUCCUAGUGAUCUGUAAAAAUUAUUGGGGAGACAUAAGUAGGACAUGACUGUUUAUAGUUAGGGAACUUUGUACAGAAUAAACAUUUCCAAUUAAACUCUGCCAAGUGCCUGGUUUCUAACCAUAGAUACAUAUAUACAAGCUUUUUUUAGUUGUUUUAGUCAAUAUGUGUAUAUAUCUAUAUAUAUCUAUAUAUAUCUAUGGUUUGCCAGGUUUUGAACUACCUGUGAUGUCAUUACUCAGGGUGGCAACACGAGGAUUCUUUACCUCAACACUAAGAUGCUGUCGCUCCUGCAGUGACACACGGCCUCGUACUGUAUGUGAACUCUCCUCUGCCGUCGCUUAACUCGCUCGCUCAAAUGAUCUGGACACUUUUAGCAUUUGUAGACAAGUGAAUUGUUCUUUUUUUCUUUUCUUUUUUUUUUCAUUAAUGACGAUGGUUUCUUUUUCUUUUUUUUGUGUCUUUUGUACAGCCAAGUGUUUUGAGUUGUUCGUUGUGCAACUGGAGCGCUGAACACAAUGAGAAAAAAGGAAAAUGCCUAGCCGAAGUAUGUCGAUGUUUUGUGCAUGUUCCUCAGCCCAUCACAAAUGUGACGUUACAAUUGCACUAGACAGUUGCACCUCAAAUAAAAAGUGAAAACAAAAAA